GACAAGCUUCAUGAAAAAUAAAAAUGGCAGCCUCCAUGGUGCAGUAUGUCGUUGUAAGAGGCGAUCUGUUACAUGCCUUGAAAUGGCCAACGGGUGCUGUCAUAGCACAGGCAUGCCAUGCUUGUACUGCUGUGAUACAUCUGUUCAAGGAGGAUGAAAACGUAAUGAAAUACACAUCGGAUCUGGACAACAUGCAUAAAGUUGUUCUUGAGGCAAAGAAUGAAGCAGAUGUCAGAACAUUGUCAGAGAAAUUAAAAGAGAAUAACAUUGAUCAUAAACUGUGGAUUGAACAACCUGAGGAUUAUGCUACCUGUCUUGCAGUGAAACCCUAUCCAAAAGAGGAGGUGCAGAAGUUCUUCAAGAAAUUCAAACUCUUUAAAUGAUAUUAAUUGGCUAGAGUUUUUUUAAAGAACUGGAAACGGACCUUGUAUUUUCAUUUAAACUGAUGGCAGAGGAGGGACUGAUUGCAACGUGUGAGGGAUGCCUACUUGAUCAAUUUCAGUAGCAUAAACUAACAUCAAUUAAAAUGGGCUUUCUUGCUUUUCCUGUUUCAAGUGGGUUUACUUAUUAUUAGCAUCAUUAUCAUAGUUUACAUACAAGUUUUCUUCUAAAAAUCAUUAAUUAUUCCUAAGCUCUAAUCUCAGGAUUAUCGCGUCAAUACCAUAUCAGAAAAGUACCAGGUAAUAUUGAAUUAUAUUGUGGUUAAUUGUCACUUUGCCUUAUCCUUGUGUGAUGCCUCUUCGAUCUCAUUCCACAUGGUCUAAUCCUAUUUGUUACCUUUCUGCAUAUGAGUCGUAAUGGGAGUUUAGAAAGACUCAUCAGCAAAAAUUAUGUACGUGGGUAUUUUUAAUAUUGGUUCCUGCCUACUUUGAAUCUACUGGAAACAAACAACUGUUAACAAAUAGCAAAUUGAAUUCACCUGGGCGAUUAUCAGAUUUAUCUGUACUAAAAAAAGUGAUAUAUAAUUUAUCAAAAUGUAAGGGUCAGAUAUGGUAUACAACUUACGCAAGCUUGAAAUGAACCUUUUUCAUUAUAAGUUAGAAUCUCCAUGGCUGUACGCAGCGGGGUGGAGGCAGAUGCCCCCCUAAAUUUUGAAAACUUAUAUAUUUUUUACUGAAAACUUUCACAAAAUUCACCAAAAGUAUGCAUAAAACCCUUCAAUUUCACUUUACAAGAUGUAAAAGCACCCUGAUGACAAGCUCAGUCGCUUCGCUCCAUUGCUUUUGGGUUUUUUUUUU